AUGGGAACCAGCCCGGGCCGGUCCCUGUGGAGCCUGAUCGCAGACCAUGCUGAGGUGGCUGCCAUGCCAGGGAUCCAUGCGGCCCUGGGCCCGUCGCUGGUGGACUCGUACAGGGAGGCGCACGCCGAGGCGGAGAUGUGGCGCCGGAUCUGGUGUGCGGGUCGGCCAAGUGGGACGCACGGCAGCAGGGUCGGGACCCCGGGCCCACGUGGGGCCCUGGCUGACCCCCCGGUGGGGAAAGAGCUGCUGAGGGCCGAGGUCAAGAUGCUACUGCAGAGCCUCGGAGAGCGCGCCGGCAGGGACGGCAGAGACGUUGAGGAGCUGCUGUCUCGGUACAAACAGGAGACGGUGAAUUACGCCCUCGGUCACCGUGACAGCUGUCCCAGCCUCCGCAGCCCUCCAGACGCCGAUAAUGGAAGCAGGCCGGGCUCCCCGUGUCCAGCCCCGUCCACAGCUGCAGACCAGAUCGUGGCCCUGAGAGACAAGCUGAGCGUGACGGAGAUAGGCCAGGUGGUGGAGCGGCUCAGGUCUGUCUUCAUAGAAGAAACCAAAGCACUGAUCAGACUGACAGACGAGAUAAAGGGAAACAUUAAAAAACAGAGGGGUCAGGGGGAAUCAGGCCGUUCUGAACCUUCACUCGCAGAUCUCAGAGAGCUCAGAGAAGCCCUACAGACAGACUUGGAGCUCCCCCGCCCUUCAUCUGCAGCUUUCUUGCCCAACAAGGACCUGAAAAAAAGGCUCAGGUCUCCAUCGGGACAAAGCAUCAAGACUCUGACUCACACGUCGAUCUCAAGGCCACAUUUGCUUUCUCCUCUUCCCCACAAACCCCAACCUCCGAGUUCGCCCCCUCCCACGAAGGCCUCGCCCUGCAGGACCAGCAGGCUGCUCAGAAUCACCUCAGCGUCCAGAACAUCAACCGAGACGCCUGAUGGGACGGACGCCUCGGCUCCUCCUGCUCGCAGACAUUCAGUCAGUAAAGCAGAAACCGAGACUCUGCUUCUGCCCGGGUUUCCUCUCACAGCCCCGCCGACCAGAGUGCCGAACUAACAUCCGGGUUCACAGAGACGCUGAAUCUAAACCGGAUUGCUUUGGUUGGGUUUCAGAUUGAGCUGGAUUGAUUUCUGGUCAUCGCCCUUCAGCCAAGAGACCACCGCACGGUGCUGAAACUACUGACUGAUGACUGAAGUUAUGCUCAAUAAACAUUCUAAGAAAACUAUCUGUCACUGAAUGAACUUUAUGGGCAGU